AGUACUGGUGUUGAUGUUUUAACACACUGUUUUUAAUUUUUUUAUUUUUUUCAUCUUAUGGGAUGGAUGCAUGAACUGAUUUGAGAUGUUCAGUGAGAUUGUCACAUUUGGAAGCAUACACCACAUGUACUUUUUAAACCCUUGUUUGAUCUAAAAGAUUUCCAGCACCAUAUUUUGUUUAUGAGCAUUUUCCUUGUGGGUUAGUCCGUCGACAACUGAUGGGAAUUUGGUAUUAAUAAUUCUGAUGAUAGUAUCUUACCACCGUCAGCAGUAUAAAAAGAAAAUGGUCCCGUUGAACCAAAAGCUGUUUUUCCAAAGAGGGAAAAAGCUUUAGCUAAAGAUCUAUUUGCUCCAGCCUCACUUGAUCUUCCUAAGUUAAAGAGAAGGAAGCAGUCUGAGAAAGCGGCAACUUCAUCUAGAAAUACAAGAGCUAUGGUUUCUAAGAAACCAACAGAGAAAAAAAGUAAGAGACGUGAUGGACCAAAAAGGCGUGUUUAUUACAAAAAAGUUGUCUAUGAUGGUGGAGAGUUUGAUGUCGGAGAUGAUGUUUACGUGAAGAGAAGAGAAGAUGCUAAUUCUGAUAAUGAUGAUCCUGAGGUUGAGGAGUGUAUCUUUUGCUUUAAGUCUGGUAGGAAUUUAAUGAUUGAGUGUGACGAUUGCUUGGGUGGUUUUCAUCUUAAAUGUCUUAGACCUCCAUUGAAGGAGAUUCCAGAUGGGGAUUGGAUUUGUGAAUUUUGUGAGGCUAGGAAAGCGGGGAAGAAAGUUGAGCUUCCUGAACCACCAAAAGGGAAAAAGCGGAGAAGAACGGCAAGGGAGAAGCUUCUUUCCAGUGAUCUAUGGGCUGUACAUAUUGAAAGCUUAUGGAAGGAACCAGAUGGUAGUUAUUGGUUUAAAGGCCGAUGGUAUGUGAUUCCUGAAGAGACUGCAUCUGGAAGGCAGCCACAUAAUCUACGCAGGGAGAUUUAUCUCACUAAUGAUUUUACGGACAUUGAGAUGGAAUCCAUCGUUAGACAUUGCUCCGUAAUGAAUUGUAAAGAAUUUUCUGAAGCCAAUAAUGAAGGAGAUGACGUCUUUCUAUGUGAAUAUGAAUAUGAUAUCCAGCGGCAAAGUUUCAAGCGCCUUGCAGAUAUCGACAAGGAGGAAGAUGAUGAUAAAGAAGCUGUUGGAGAUGAAGACUGGGAAUCUUGUAGUGAUUCAAUCUCUGACCCUGAAGAGAACUUAAAGAGUGCACGGAAGAAGCUUAAGUUUUCAGCAAGGGGGCAAUCACCGGGUCAUGGAUUUGCCGCGAAUGCACAAGGUGGGAAGUUCUUUGGCCUUCACAAAAUAGGGACAAAAAAGAUCUUGGAGCAUGUGAAAGGCCACAAGCAAACUGAGAUUGAAAAAGCAAAAGUGACUUUGCUGUUGGCAACACUACCUAAAUCUCCUCCUUGUAGGAAUAAAGAAGUGGAGGAGAUAACCGAAUUUGUUAAAGACGCUGUCAGUAUUGAUCAGUGUCUGGGACGCUGCUUGUACAUCCAUGGUGUUCCUGGAACUGGCAAGACUAUGAGUGUACUUGCAGCGAUGAGGAAUUUGCGGUCUGAAGUUGAUGCAGGUACUAUAAGACCGUACUGUUUUGUGGAGAUUAAUGGUUUAAAAUUGGCUUCUCCGGAGAAUAUAUAUAAGGUCAUAUAUGAAAAACUAAGUGGGCACAGGGUCAGUUGGAAAAAAGCUCUUUCCUUGCUGAAUGAGAGAUUUUCAAACGAUAUUAAAGUCUGUAACAGUCAACCCUGUGUUUUACUGAUCGAUGAGCUUGAUCUUCUAGUAACAAGGAACCAAUCGGUUCUAUACAAUAUCCUUGAUUGGCCAACUAAGCCACAUUCCAAAUUGGUUGUAAUAGGAAUAGCAAACACCAUGGAUCUUCCUGAGAAACUGCUACCUCGUAUUUCAAGCCGCAUGGGAAUCCAACGGCUUUGUUUUAGCCCCUAUACUUAUCAGCAACUUAGAGAAAUCAUUUCAAGCCGCAUUGAAGGAAUCAAAGCAUUUGACAAACAAGCUAUAGAAUUUGCUUCGAGGAAGGUGGCGGCAAUUUCAGGAGACGUGCGUCGUGCACUGGAAAUAUGUAGGCGAGCAGCUGAAAUUGCAGAUUAUAAAAUUAAAAAAUCAUCAUCCACCCUGGACUUCUCAUCCCCAGGUGUAAACUUGGAGAAUGCAGAAUCAUUAUCUGUGAGGCAGGAGCUCGGCAUAGGUUACAAAAGUUACAGCUCAAUUUUCCAAGUGAUGAUGUUGCAUUUGCACUAAAAGACUGCUCGGAGUUACCUUGGUUGACCAAGUACCUAUAACUGAUGAUAUUUUUUUCCUGUAUUCUUCUCCUUUUUAUCUAUUGCUUUUUUCCUUUUCUUUUUUUAACAGAAAAAGGGAGGCAUUAUGUCUAUAGUUCUGCUGCAUCAUGAACGUAUUUAGCUCCAGCAAAAUAGCAGCAGCAUGAAGUGUAUUACUAACCAUAGUUGGUCCUCUAUAUGUAAUCAAAUUAGCUCUAACAACAACUUCAACGUUACCAAUCUCACUAAAAUACAAGCUUCAUCUUUAACAAACUUAACUAAACUCAAUCUCUCACUUCGAUUAUGGAUGAUAUAAUGCUUUAACAACUCUUUUCAUACUUGACCCAGAGAUUAAAAAUUGAUAGUUUAUACAAAACUGGGUUUUAUAGGCGGUGUUUGAUGAUAAUUCAAAGGUAACAAUUCCUGCAACUGAAAUCCUAGAUCCAAUCACAAACAAAUCAAUCCCAAAUCCUGAAUACGAAGAAUGGGUUAAAACUGAUCAAAACAUACUUACUGAA